AUGCCGACCUUGAAGCAGCUCACCUGCACGCUCGAGAAGGAGCCGUCCCGCACUCCUCUGACCGAGUACAGCACCAGCUACAGUGAUGGAUUCGUCGAGACCUAUGUCGCCGUUCCCGAUGAGCGCACCGGUUUUGGCAUCCAUCUCCACUCACACGGCUAUAUUGCCCCAGGCCUAGCUAUGUUCGUCUACAUCGAUGGCGUCUACCAAUGCAAUCGCCACCGCAAUAGUCUCCUCGCCCCCGAUGGCACCGUCACCCCCGAAUUCUACGAGGUCGACUUUCACGUCUUCCAGCAGGAGGAGAAGGUCAGCAAAGGCAAGUUUCUUGGCCGCGCCUGGAGCUUCAACACCCUCGCUGCUGCAGAUACGACACCAAACGUCACCGACACCAUUCUGGGAAAUAUCGGAACCAUUGAAGUUGUUGUCCGUCGCCUCUACCCUCCUCAUGUUGAGUCUGUUCUUCCCACCAAGCCUGCCAAUGGCGAGAAGGUCAAGUCAACCUCUGGGAAGCAGAAAGAGAAGCAAAAAGGUCUCAAGAUCAAGCCCGCCAUUUUCCCAGGUUCAAUGGGCUUCGGCAAUGACGGUGCCGGGGACCAGAACUUCGAAGCUGGCCUUGAUGGUCCCAACGACGAUCGUUACCAUGAUCCGACUUAUUACUAUUACGACGAUAAGCCUCAUCGCUCUCGCUACUAUCACCACAGGAGGGCCUCUCCAAGUCCGCCUCCUCGUCGUGACUUCGGUCCUUCGUACGCUGACUACAUGCGCUGGAGGGACACUCACCCAGAUGCUCUUGUCCACUCCCGUAGCAGAGACCCGCAGAGGUCCAGCAGCUACUAUGCGCAGUAUCGUCCCAGCGGUAGUGACGACAGUAGGGAACAUCCACACCAUGGCUAUACCAGCAAUGCUUACCGCCAGAGGCGUCGCGCUCGAGCAAGUGAUGGUAUCCCUCAAAACAAGCCCCGGGAUUAUUGGGUCUUCGAAAGUGUUAACUUUGAUGCAGACGACCCAGUCCCGCGAGUCUCACCUAUCCGCCGUCCGUCAGGUUCGACGUCUAGCUCUAGCGCCACCCAACGUCCUCUUUCAAGUGUCAUUGACAGCUCCGCCGCAACCCCUCAAGCGCGGCCCACAAUGCAGGUAAGCAGUCAUCAUGUCCGUUGGGCAGACAGAUACCCGAAUUGGCGUUUGAGAUGUGUUACCGACUCCGUUAAGCAGAACCUGAACCCGUUUGCCCUCGGGACCAACGGUUUACCGUCGUACCGCGUCGGUCAGCCAGAUGGCAGCCUCUCCAGCUCCACCCACCCUCCGGACCCCAUGUACAAUCCGCGCUACCCGCCCGAGGCACCUCACGCAGCUCCUCUACAGACUCACAACUCUAAGACUGACCGUCAUGAUGGCAACAGCAAGAUGCCCGGUGGCUGGCUGGGUGAAGAUCCCAAAGACUGUAUCAAGGCCGCAAACCCAUACACCACGGGCCCUAUUAAUGAGGAGCCGUCUGGAUCACUUUUUGUUAGAGGAGCCACUACUUCAUUCCCAGCUGUCGAUAGCUCUAGAUGGGGUGUGGCCAACGAGCACGGCCAAAGUAGUGGUGGUCAAGAGGGUGGUGGCUCGGGUUCUGCCGCAGCUAACGUUGCUGGUCAAGGAGAUGCCUGGGGCCCAAGCGGUGAUAAUAGUGGCGGUCAAGACGACGCAUGGGGUGCAAGUGGUGGUAAUAGCGGCGGUCAAGAUGACACCUGGGGCUCAAAUGGUGAUAAUAGCGGUGGUCAAGAGAGCGGCUGGGGUACAAGUGGUGAUAACAGCGGCGGCCAAGAAACUGGCUGGGGCACAAGCGGUGAUAAUAAUGUCGGUGGUGGGGUUGAUCAGAACACCCAGAAUGACUUGAAUGCCGACUCCAGCGGCAACGCAGGGUGGGGGCCGACCAAUGGUCAGGAGCAGACGAGCCAGCAAGGGUGGGGAGAGUCUGGUGGUACUCAGCAAGACACGGACACCAGCGGGGCCUGGCAGGAUUCCAGACAAAACAACAACUCGGGCGACGCGGAGAACAAUGCCGACCAGGACAACAGAUGGCCCGACAAUACCGAUAAUUCCAGUGCCAAGAACAACGACGCUACGCAGGACACCGACUCUAAAUGGCCUGCCGAGGAUAACAAUGCUGGCCAGGAUACUAACUCCAAUUGGGAUACUCCCAAUGAUAACAAUGCUCAGCAGGCUACAGACAACAACAACAACAACAACAACUCGAACUGGGAGACCCAGACAACCACUGCUGCCGCUGAUCAGUUCACGACAGCUCCCGCCCAUCAGUCCAUCGCAGCUCCGAAAGCUGGUAGCUUACACAACGUUAGCAACAAGGAUGUCUCAAAGAUGCCCUACAAUUCCUUCAUGCACAAGCCGCUCGUCCCUGAGCAGCCGUUCGUCAAGGGCUACUGGAACAAUUGGGCGAAGGCGCCGAACGCCCCUCCAGCCCUCCCUCAACGCCAACCCAAGCAGAACGAGGAUGCGCCGACCGAAAUCUUCGCCCCCUCAGAGGUGCCGUAUGUUGUGCCCGAGCAGACGGUCCGUGAGAAGCUCGUCGACAGCUACGUCCACCAUGGGAAGGGCUACGACUACGCGCACGUCACGGGUCGUCCGGACUACAUCGACAGCUGGGAGGAGCCGUACGCAGUGUUCCGCUUCAAGUAUCGCAGUAGGAACAUGCUCUCUCAGAUUCUGGGCGAGGGAGGGAAGGAAGAGAUGGAGAAGGAUAAGGCGAGGGAGAGGGGUGAGGAGCAGAAGAGGAGGCUGUCGCUGAUGAGUAAGGACGAGCUGAUCCAGCAGUUGAUUGAGAAGUCAGCAAAGGCCGAAUCGCAGAAGGCAGGCGGAAGUCAGCAGAAGACACCGAGUGUUUCGUCGCAGCCGCAGCCCGUUCAUCAGUGGGCGAAUGAUGUCGCUGCCGCAACGGCACCGGGCAGCAAGGCCGGUUCUAGGAGUGAGGAGCCGAUGACGUGCGACAGAUGUAAAGGCAACCUCAUCGGCGAGUGGUGGCAUUGCAAAGGCUGCGGCGACGACUACGAUAUCUGCUGCGCCUGCGUUGAAAGGAAAUUCCGUUGCAACGACGACUCGCACGAUCUCAUUCAGUGGAAGGACAAUGUCGACCUCGGUAAUGGAAUCAAGGGCCCCCAGGAAACGGACAAGACGCUCCCUGGCAUUCAGAAGGGAUCAGAUAAGAAGGAUGGCAAUGCUGGUGGCGGCAGCGUCGGCGGCGGAAGCAACAACGAUACCAUCACCGACAAGUGGGACAGCAACUUCGCCGGCAAUGCUACUUCUGGAACUGUUGAUAAUACUGCUGGCAGUGGAUGGGGUGCUGUCAACCCUGCCGGCGGUACUGGUGGCGGUGACAACGGUCAAUGGGGCGCUGUCGACGCUGGUGCUGAUUCCAAGAACUGGGGAACCUAG